UCAAAUAUAGUUGGACAGACUGGCAGACCCUGAGGUGUGGAUGGAAGCAGCCACUCAGGUCUUUUACUCAAUGAGUCUGGCCUUUGGGGGGAUCAUUGCUUACAGUUCCUACUUGCCCAAGAAGAAUGACUGCACCAAAGAUGCCAUACUCACCAGUGUCAUCAACCUUGUGACCUCCAUUUUCACUGUGACUGUGGUAUUCAGCAUCCUGGGGUUCAAGGCAACUGUCAUCCAUGAGAAGUGUCUAGUCAGUUACAAUGAGACCAUUGGGGGAAAGUUGCCUGACUUGGACAUUCUGAUGAACCACAUGGAAAUGAUCCCUCAUGGAUAUGAUGCUGCAGACAUUGAGCAUGCCAAGGGCAAUUGCAGUUUGGAGAAGGAAUUGGAUCAGGCUGCUGAGGGGACAGGACUGGCAUUCAUUGUCUUCACUCAGGCCAUAGUGGAGUUCCCAGGGGCACCAAUGUGGUCUGUCAUCCUGUUCCUGAUGUUGUUGGCCCUGGGGUUUGGAUCCCAGUUUGGAACCAUGCAAGGAGUGGUCACCAAUGUCUUUGAUGUUUUCCAUGGCAGGAUCACUGACAGGAAGGAAGUUCUCAUGGGUGUGCUGUGUGUGAUUUGCUUCUUCUUUGACAUCCUCUUUGUGACAAGUGCUGGGGAAUACUGGGUAUUUCUCUUUGAUGUCUAUGCUGCUUCUGGACUCAUUCUCAUUGGGUUUGUGCAAGUGGUUGCUUUGAGUUAUGUCUAUGGUUGGGAGAGGUUUGUGAAUGAGAUUGAAAAGUUCACUGGGAGAAGACCUGGGCUUUACUGGACCAUCUGCUGGAGAUUUGUUAGUCCUGUCAUCAUUGCUGUCAUCUUCCUGGCUUCCAUUAUUCUCAAGAUUUUGAAAAGUGCUGACUACACUAUUUGGGAUAAGGAAAAGGCUGAGUCAUCCAAAGUGCCAUUGCCUGGGUGGGCAUUAGCCAUUGGGAUUUUCCUCAUGCUGCUCAGCUUCCUGCCAUUACCAAUUGUUUUCUGCAUUGAAUUCUUGAAAAAGAGGAGGACCAGGGCUGCCAAUGGUCUGCCAAUAAGAUCUACAGCUGUGCACAGGAAUGAAUCAUCAUUACCCAUGAUGGGCAUUGAUGAAAUUGAGGAUGAAGAGAUGCCAAAUGGUGAAAUGGUCUUGGACGAGUUCAGGAAUCGAGACAAUUCAGCACAGCUGAUUUUCAAGACAUCUGCAUGAUGAAAGCUUCAUUUUGUAUCACUCCGAGAAAAAUGCCUGUUGUUUUUUUCUAAUGAAGGGAAUUUUUUAGGAAAAUUUGCGUGUUUUGAGAAAGGAAGGAAGAACACAAGUGGUCCAUGAUUUCAUCCGUCUAGUUUAUUGCGAAUCAAAGUUGAUUCUAAAAAAAUAUAUAUAUAGAAAGAUAAAACCUUUUUUUAUAUAUUUUACUUUUUUUCUUCGACUGCUGUGCAUCAGGAUCUUUCAGCAAAAGUCUUUUCAGAAAAGGAGCAUAUCACGAAUAUUUUUUUUCCGCUAUUUAUGAAAAACAUGGAUUACUUGUGAGAAUGGAUGUUUUGUUUUUUGGUUCGCAUGUGGAAAUUUUGCACUUUUUUUCGGAAUCGCUGUUCAAAUAACUGCGCAUUUCCGGACUCUUUUUGAAUUCUGAUCCCGAAUUAUGUAGAAUACUAAGGGACAGGCCAACAAUUGUUUCGAUUCGAUCUAAGAACUGGAAUCUUACCGGGUGCUGCUUUUCUAUAGUUUCAUCCCAUUUCUUUGAAACCAACCCGGUCUUCGAUUGCGACAUGAUUUCUCAGCGUGUCUCGAUCGCGAAUUGAUGAAAGGAAGGUUGAAUAAGUGGAUUUUACUUUGGGUACAUUCCCACUCAGGCAUUUUUUUUAGCGGUGAAUAAGUGUAAUGUGUACAAGAGAACACUUAGGUUCUCUUAUUGCUGUGUUCUCCUCUUAUUGUUGAUCCUCUUGAACCCUGGGUAUUUUUUUUUCUUUUUGCUGCUAGCUGUGUGAUGAUGAUGAUGACGAUGAUGAUGCAUCUCUUCCUCCAAAUUCAGUGGCAUUCUGCAGAAAGCGUUAUUUUUGACGUGAGUGGCAAAUAAAGAAAUGGAGGAAGAGCUGCGAUUUUUGCUUCUUGCAAAAACCACGUUUCUGAAGAUUCAUUGCCACUACCUACCCCCUUUUUCAACCCCCCCUGAAGUUUUUUAUGUAAACAAACAACCGAAGAAGAUGGAUGAUGUGGUGAUGAGUGCUGGGGGUAUUCUGCUCUGCUGGGGGACAUUGUGUGCAGUUUUUGAAAAAAAAUUUCAUGGGUGAGAAUCCUGUGGUUAUCUACUGUACAAAGAAAUUCAUUCAGCCCUUAUUUUCAGACAAAUAAAUUAAGUGAAG